CUGGUGGAUGCUAAGUGGAUCUUUUAGCAUCACUCCCUGAACAGAAGCAAACGAGACGCUGGGAGCGGCUGAACCAAGCAUUGGACUUAAAAAAAAGUUGCUGGUAGGCUCUUCUCCACCGGUUGCGAUCGUCCCCCUUGACAGCCAUCAAAGCAGCAGGAUACUAAGAACAGCAGAAACCAUGACUCUGGCAGCCUACAAAGAAAAAAUGAAAGAGCUCCCCCUGGUGUCCCUCUUCUGUUCCUGCUUUCUCUCAGAUCCUUUAAAUAAACCGUCAUAUAAAUAUGAAGUAGACACUGUAGACCUGACCUGGUGUGUCAUAUCUGACAUGGAGGUCAUUGAACUCAACAAGCGCACCUCAGGACAAUCCUUUGAGGUUAUCCUUAAGCCACCGUCCUUCGAUGGAAUCCCUGAAUUCAAUGCCUCCCUGCCUCGGCGGCGUGACCCUUCAUUGGAGGAGAUCCAGAAGAAGCUAGAAGCUGCUGAGGAACGACGUAAGUACCAGGAAGCAGAACUCCUGAAGCAUUUGGCAGGAAAACGGGAACAUGAACGGGAGGUCAUCCAGAAAGCCAUUGAGGAGAACAACAAUUUCAUCAAAACUGCCAAGGAGAGGCUGAUACAGAAAAUGGAGUCCAACAAGGAGAACCGAGAGGCACAUUUAGCUGCUAUGUUGGAACGUCUUCAGGAGAAGGAUAAGCAUGCUGAGGAGGUCCGGAAGAACAAGGAAUUAAAGGAAGAGGCCUCAAGGUAAAGAGGCCCUCAGGCAGAUAACAAUUUGGACUGACAGCUCCAAGGAAAGAUGGCAGCAGGCGGCAGUACAUGGUGGAGGCUGCCUUAAUGCAAAGUGUUGACUGAGGAACUGGGAUUGUCCUCUGCUUUCGUUGUUUGUGAAUGUAAAGAAUUGAUGGGAGAAGCCAUCUCGUGUGUUUCAGGGAGGGAGGGGGACAUCAGGGGAAAAGGAAGUUGUGAAGAAGAAAUGUGCUGUAUCUGGGGAGGGAAGAGGGUGGGCAUGGAUGAGAAGACACCCCCCAAACAAUGAGACAAUUUGUUUUUUGUUCCCACAUGGGUCCUUGAUUCUGAAGAUGGAAUCCAAAUGCUGGAGGGGUGGUAAGAAUACCAAUUUUGGAGGGAAGUAUUCAAGAAGGGGUGGGGGUGGGCUGGGGCGAUGAAGAAGAAGGAAAGGUAAUCUAAUUUGGUGAUGAGCCCAGAGCAAGCAGAGGAAGUAAAAUCACCUCUGGGGUGAGUGUUGUCUUGUGUGUUUUGCCAUUGUUAGUCCCCCGUGUGAUAAAAACAGUCCUCAUUUUUGUGUCCCUUUGUAACUUUCCAUCGUGUCUCUUAACUCCAAGGUAUUACAAGCCUGGUAUUGCUUAACUAAAAGUGGCUGGGGUGCUGAUUUUGACCCCACAGGCCUCUGUUUUAAAAAUAACUGUAACAAUAAAUGCCUUUUGCCAGAGA